GAAACGAUUUCAUUUUCAUUUAGCCAAUGAGCGAUGACGUCGUUCGCCAUCACCGAGGUCAAGGCGCUGGUGCGGCAGCCGCAGCGCGUGCAGGCCCAGCACCUCCUGGAGCGUUUGGCCGUGGCCGUGUUACCGAUCCUGACUCGCAGACGCUUCCACGUUCGGCGACUGCACGAGUUUUUCCCGAAAGAUGGCGCUCUGCUGGGCAUGAACGUGAACCGCGGCGCCAAAAUCUACGUCCGUUACCGAAGCGAACGCCCAAAUCCUUUUAUCCCUACGAGGCGUUACUGGAAACGCUGCUGCAUGAGCUCACACACAUGGUGCAUGGCCCCCACAACGAGGCCUUCUACAAGUACCUGGAUGAGCUUAAGCAUGAGAUGGAAAUGCUCAUGGUGCGUGGUCUAGUCGGAGAAGAAGGCGUCAGAUUCGCAGCCGCAGGAACAGGCCAAAGACUUGGUGGGGACAAUAUUAGCGUCCCUAUUCGCGUCGCCGCUGUGCUGGCAGCAAAACGGAGAGAGCAGUACAACUCGCUGCUUGGAGGCGAGACAAGUCGGCGACUUGGAUCAUUAAGUGCAGCGUCCAAUGAGAUUUUCAAUCCUCAGGCACUUCGGAGAAAGAUCUUGGAGGCGGCUGAGAGACGACGGAGAGACAACGAGCACUGCCGCAAUGUGCUUCAUCCAGGAGCGUCGCAUGAAGUGCUAGGAAUUGAAAGUAGCGAUGACGACGAGGACUCGACUAGCAAUGGAGCAAGGCAGCAAGCACCAGACCCAAGCGCGAGUGAUAUUAUUGUCCUUGAGGAGGAGGAUGAUGCACAUGAGACCAUAGCGAACGUACCAGCCGUUAUCGAUCUGUUAGAUGACGACGGUGAGGAAAAGCACGAUGAUGUUCCACGCAGAGCAGGCAGAAAACGCAAAAGGGGAGAUACAGUAGACAUAAUCGACUUGACGUGAUGAUAAAGGCGGAAAAUUAACACACAAGUGAACUUUAUCAAGCUAAAACUCGGCACUGAAGCGCGUCUCGAAGGAUCCCUCGUCCAGCACGACCUCGUUGCUCUUGAAGAUUCCCUUGCCAAAGUACUCUGCGAUGGUGUGGAAGCCAUCCGCCGCGGUCUCCAAUUGGUUGUAGAACUGUUCGUGGUUCCCAGCCUUCUGUUCAAGCUGCGUCUUGAGCCCCAGAAUGUGACGAUGGUCCAUUGAGCACGUGAUACACUCCCGGUCCGUCUCGGAGAUGCAGUUCAAGUGGAAACUGUGUUGACACAUGAAGUGCACUGCUGGGAGAUCCAAGUCGUGGUUGCACAGAUCGCACUUUGUGGCCUGGAAGACCACAGCGCGACUACUGAGUUGGGCAAUCUCCUCCUUCAUCUGCUUCGUGUCACCCUUAAACGCCUUGAUCUUCUCCUCGUCUUCUUCAAUUUUCUUCUCGUCACUAGCCAGCUGGUUCACCACAUACUGCUUGAUCACCGACACCGGCAGCUCCCUGGACUGACUCAACACCUGCACAACUUGAAGUGGAGGAAUCGCUGGGUUCGUGUCAAUAAGAGCCAGCAAUUGCUUCAGUUCCUUCCACUCUUCUCCACCGGUAGCUCCCUUGGGUAAAGGUCCUCGUUCUGCGAAGUAUUUCAAGGCCAACGACCAGAGAUUUGGGUCCUUCUCUCCGUGUUUACGGACCUCUUCAAGAAUACUCUGAUC